AUGUCUCAAGAGGAACAGAUGCCUCAAGCAAUGGUUGAAUAUCCCCCCCGCCCAAUGGGCAACAGGGCGCGUUCCAAGUCUCUUUUUUCCGUCAUUCCUCUCUUCCAAACCUUUCUUCACAACGCUCGCCAGGAGCUUCUCACCAGCCAGAAUGACCUCACUGUGUCAUUCAGGCUUAGACGUGCGACGGCCUGCAAGCUCGCCUUCUAUCGUGCUAUGCUUCGUAGGCUACAAUACAACCCGAUAACCCGCAGCACCAGAGCUGGGCCCAAUAGCGGAGUGCCAGUCCUCAUCCCGUGGAUUCUCACCCAGAUCAGAAGGGAAAGGAGCAACCUAGUCAUAAACGAUGAAAAUCGUAGAUUGCUUCGUAGCAGCAUUGAGGAUCGAAGGGCCGACGUGGUGACUUUUCUGAGGCAGAUCGAGAUCGAGGCCGACUUGGACAAGGCAUGGAAGCUCAGGUACUCCGGAUUGAUUGAGGAGCAAAAGGAUGCAAUCAAUGACUCGUUCCAUCCCGCCACCAAGGGCGACAAUGCGAAUAACGCGGGCCCUUCGAACGCCCAAGCCUAG